GGUGGGGUAUCCACCCUUUUAUUCAGAUGAACCUAUGUCUACUUGUAGAAAGAUUGUAAACUGGCGGACACAUCUGAAAUUCCCGGAUGAGGCAAAACUGUCACCUGAAGCAAAUGAUCUUAUUCGUAGACUUCUAUGCAAUGUUGAACAAAGGCUUGGAACAAAAGGUGCUCAUGAAAUAAAGGCUCACCCAUGGUUCGUAGGAGUUGAGUGGGACAAGUUGUAUCAAAUGAAAGCUGCAUUUAUUCCGGAAGUUAAUGAUGAGUUGGACACUCAAAAUUUUGAGAAGUUUGAUGAGGUUGACAAACAGAUGCCAACUGCAAUGAAAUCAGGUCCAUGGAGGAAGAUGCUCUCUUCUAAGGAUGUCAAUUUUGUGGGAUAUACAUACAAAAACUUUGAAAUUGUGAAUGACAAUGAAGUUCCGGGAAUUGCUGACCUGCGGAAGAAGAGCACAAAACCUAAGAGGCCAACUGUGAAAGCUCUAUUCAGGGAAGAAGCUGAUUCUUGUUCUGCUCAAUCAACUCAGGGCAGUUUCCUUAAUCUGUUGCCACCACAGUUAGAAGUGUCAAAACGCGGGGAAUCAGAAUCUCUCUAAUUUUCUGACAGUCGUUCGAACUACAUUUGGUACAGCUUACAGAACAACAUACUACUGAUCUUAAUUAGAUCUGAUUUUGAUCAUCAAUUAAGUGUAAGUAAAUUCAGGAAGGAAAAUGAAAAGGAAAUGUUGUUUUAUAAGUUUGUAUUUUCUUGUGUUAUUUUGGUCCUAAACUGUGUAAAUUUUUCUUGAAGUGCAAAUAACAUUUUUUAAGGUAU